AUGGCUGUAUACGUUCCUCUUUGCUACGGGUUCAAUCCUACUGAUUCUGAACUUGCUUGCCAUUAUCUUUCCUACAAAGUCAUGGGCUUUCCUCUUUCUUGUCCUCACAUUGUUCAAGAUUAUGAUUUGUACGGUCAGGAGGAGCCCUGGCAAGUUUGGGACAAAUUUGGAGGAUCGAAUAAUGACGAAGACGACGACGGGGCUGGUCCAUCCACUCUGGAUCUUUUCUUUUUCACCACGUUGAAAAAGAUAAACCCUAAAAGCCGAUCCUCCAAUUUUGAACGUGCUGUUUGCUCCGAUGGUGGCAGUUGGCAUGGUCACCACCUUCGCACUUUCCAUUCUAAUGGAAUUACUUGGAAUCGCAGGAGAUAUUGCUACAAGAAUCCUAACAUAGAAAAAAAGAACAAGAAAAACUGCGGUAGAAAGAGGAAAUCUGUCCAAUCUAACCCUCAGACUAAACCAGUUAAACGUCAGUUGAAGAAAUUAAAAUCGGAAUCAAGGACAGAAGAGACUGUUCAAGUCACAGCACCCCCAACUCAUGUUCCUGUCCAUGUGCCUUUGUCUGAAAAUCUGCUCUAUGCCCUCGAUGAUUCAUGUUUCAAUGAAAAACAGAAGAUUGCAAUCGAUUCUCUUGCUUCUCUUAUGAAAGCUAUGGAGGCUAUUAAAACUUCAAAUACUGAUGAUUUAUUUGCCUUCUUUCUUUUCUCGAUGAAGGAUUCUACUUGUGUUGGAAAAGCUCGGGCAUCAACGUUACCUAAGUAUCAUAACGAGGCAUCAACUUGUGGUGCACACUCACAUACUUGCGACAUUAUGUUCAGGGAAGACGUAGGCAUCAAUGCUCUUCUUUCUGUUCUUUCUGGUUUCUUAUAUGAUGGCAGUGCUACAUCUUCUUUCUUGCUGCAAACAACCAAUUUUCAUGGUGGUAAUUUCGAUUUUAAAGAUUGCAACGUCAUUGUGCCUUACCUGCAGGAGGGUGAUUUACGUGUGAAAAUUGCUCAAAUGAGAUCUAGCAGAGCAAGAAAGUUGCUUCAAAAGAAGGAAGAACAGAGAGCUGCUGAUAAAGCUGCUGGUAUUUAUUUGCAUAGUGAUUAUUCAGAUGAUGAUAAGGUGACUCAUGAUGAUAAGGGUGUUUUUGCAGUAUAUCCGAAUGAUUCUGAAGCCCGAAAGCACUUGCUCAAACACUGUUUAGUGGAUAAGUUCGAAAAAGAAAACGAUUGUUUCAUGGAUCGAGUAGGUUGGGAGAGAAUUCUUCUAUGCAUAGAAAUAGGGGGUGUUAGUAAACUUGUUGUUUUUGUCAAGCUUGGGGUCAAUGGGAUUACUUGGUGGAGAAAACCUGUUCAAUUGGUUAGAUUAUCUUAG